AGCGUCAAUAUCAAUCUCUCUCUCUCUCUCACUCUCACUUAUCAUUCUCUUCCUCAUCACUUUAAUCAAUCAAACUCGACUCAAUAAUAUUCUGAGAACGAGGUUCAGACUCAGAUCUGAGCAACCCUACCAGCCAGCCAUGGGGGAGAAGAAAGUCACGAUAAUGGUGUUGAAGGUUGACCUUCAGUGUGAGAAGUGCUACAGGAAAGUGAAGAAAGUGCUGUGUAAAUUCCCUCAAAUACAAGACCAGGUAUUUGACGAGAAGCAGAACACAGUGACGAUCAAAGUGGUGUGUUGUAGUCCUGAGAAGAUGAAGCAAAAGAUUCGCUGCAAAGGUGGUGAAUCCAUUAAGAGUAUUGAAAUUGUACCUCCACCUCCACCUCCACCUCCACCCAAGCUUGACGAACCUAAAAAACCUGAUGCAAAGCCACCACAGAAACAGGAACCAAUCCAAGCAGAACCCGCACCACCCAUAACCACGACCACCCAGCAACCACCAGGACAAGCGAAAGCAGAGCCGCCAAAACAAGAGAAGCUUAUGGUUACUUUUGUUGACUCACAGCCAAAACCGGCACCGGGCUUCCCACCACCGGCUUAUCCGAACCCGGUUGGAAUGUGCUGCAGGGAAUGCUACAAGGGGCGUAGAGGGGGGCCAUCGUACCAGCUAGGUUACUAUGGACCGCCGAGAUGUAAUUGCGGAUAUUACGGGAAGCCGGAGUAUGAUAGCUGGGGUGGCGGUGACGAUUGUUACAGAGUUAAUAGACGUGAUUACUUUUGCGAAGAGAAUCCUAAUGCAGCUUGCAGAAUCAUGUGAAAAUAAUGGCGGUGCACUGCAUGCAUAAGAAGUUAGCUGGUUUCAAUAAAGUUACGUUGUUUGGUGGCAUUUGGGUAGUUUUUGACUUUUGUUUGGUUCUUGUUACGUUGUU